AUGACAAUUGCUUGCUCAAAUAAUGAACCGGCUACUUUGUCAAAUCACAUCAAACAACCCACCAACAAUACAGCCGUGUGGACCAUCACGAACCAAAACAACCAGUACAAUGAGGAAUCAGAAGAUGAGGCUUCAUCGUUAGAUGACAGUGACAGCAAUGAGCAUGCCUACUUGCAUUGUCCUCAAUACGACGAUUAUGACGAUAGCUAUAGUGAUGUGGAAGAACCAGUAGUCUGUGCAUGCGGAAAAGCGCUGUUGGCGGGUUGGGAUUGUAGCCAAUGUAGAAGCAAUUGCUCUACUUGUCAUCGUGCUCUUGGGCCAGACGAAACAUGUAAUCGUUGCGUUUCUGUGAAACGUAAUACCACCAUUGCCAAUGAGAUUGCUCUCCACUCUUGUAAACAUUACCAUCACAACUUGUAA